GCUUGUAUUGGAAGGAAAUGAGACGACACGCCUGCGGUGCCUGGCGUGGCUCGUGGUACAGGUGGAAUGGUACAAAUGANCUUGUUGAUCCCUCUUCUUCUUGCUCUGAUUCUCCUUUGCAUACUCCAUACCAUCUCACCCCUCUUAUACCGCCAGAACAUUACCUUCGAUUCUCAAGCCACCCAUCAAUCAACAUCAUUCACCUCACAACAAACAUGGUUACUUCAAAGUUUACCGAGUUGCUUGACGACUGCGCGCCACCAUCUCUUCCUUCAGCCAAUGUCACACUUGAAGACUGCCUCGAGCACCGUCAAAGAUCUCCUUCAUCGAGCAGCAGUUCCAAGGGCUCGAUUGAGUCUGUCAAGUUCGCCUCUUCAACCCACAGUCCUCCUACCACACCUACCUCACCUAUCUCAGGAUUGAUGAGAGCUUUCUCCACUAGAAGAAGAAACGCUCCU